GAAGCGGCGAAUCAGGAAAGGAGCGCGCCACGUUUCAUCCGCUCCCUCGGUUCGGGCGGAAGGACAAUAAAGGAGACCGCACCAGGUUCACCAGGAUGCACCCGGGGACGGGAUGCGGGUGGCCGCACGACGGAUCACACCACCACCGCCCUUGCUCUCGCUUCCGCACGCAACUUCACGCGAGAGAGCGGAGCCGAAAAGUAGCGACGUUCACGCCGCUGAUUCGCCGCCGCGCGACUCCUCCCCGAAGAUAGAUAAGAAGAUGUGGGGAAAUCUGCAGAAAAAAUUGAUGAACAGCGCAGAAAAACAUUGGCGUAUGAGUAUCUCUGUUAUCUGGAAGGUGCAAAGAAAUGGAUGGAAGCUUGUUUGAGAGAAUCAUUACCUCCGACAACUGAGCUGGAAGAGAAUCUUCGUAAUGGAGUAUAUCUGGCUAAACUCAGUCAUUUUAUGGCUCCCAAUGUCUUACCGCUGAACAAAAUCUAUGACUCUGAACAGCGCAGAUACAAAGCUGUAGGAUUGCAAUUUCGUCAUACGGAUAACAUAAAUCAUUUUCUGAAAUGCUUGGCAUCUACGCAACUACCAUUGACAUUUCUGCCAGAAACAACAGACAUAUAUGAUAAAAAGAAUAUGCCACGAGUGAUAUAUUGUCUUCAUGCCCUUAGUACACAUUUAUUUAAAUUGGGGAAAGCACCACCAAUGCAAGAUUUGUAUGGAAAAGUAAACUUCUCUGAUGAAGAGAUAGAUGCAGUUAGUAAAGAAUUGCAAAAAUAUGGCAUUCAACUGCCUCCUUUCCAAAAAAUAGGUGGCUUAUUAACAAACAGUAUUGCUACAAACACAGCUGCUCUUCAUGCUGCUGUGAUUGCGAUUAAUCAAGCUCUGAUAGAUAAUGAUAGCGAUAAAAUUUUACUUACACUUCAAAGUAAAGAGGCACAAUUAAAUAACAUCAAACCUGCUUAUAUUAAAAAAUAUACAGAAGCAUUAUUGGAUGCUAAAAUUGCCAAAACAGAGGCGUCACUUAAUAGAUCUCUCAAUGACAGUUAUGUAGCAGAUGUAUAUGAUGAGCUAUUAACACAAGCAGAAAUACAAGGGCACAUUAAUUAUGUGAAUGCUUCCUAUGCCUUGAAAGUUAUUGUUUCAUCUGUAUUGCAUGAUGAUAUUGAAUUAACAACUGCUUUAAGGGAACCAGUAUUAUCCUUUAAGAAUAUAGUUUCUGAAAAUGUUGAAGAUUACAAACAACAAUUUAUGCUGAUGUUGGACAAUAACCCGUGGAGUGACACAUAUGUAUCUGAAAACAUUCAGUAUUGGACAGAAACAUUUCAGAGUGCGAUUGACAGAGGAAACGAAAAUGCCCAGCGACGCCGCAAACGGGAGAAAACUGUGAAACUGCUAAAUAUGACCUUAGAAUCUGAGGAUAAAAAGAAAUUUUAUGAAAUUUUACAAAGUCCAUAUUUGGAAGUCUCUCAUAUUAUUGAUGAGUAUGCAGUUCCAUUAUAUUACCAGGAGAUGAAAGAUGAUCGUACAGAAUCUCAGACUGAUCUCACUUACAAUGACAUAGUGACUAGUGUACGUCUAUUAACCAUUAUAGCUGCUAUUACUAAAGCAGUGGACACGGAAAAUCCAGAUUUCGUGUAUGAAAAGCUAUCAAACCCGGGUGUAUAUGUUCCUGGAUUGGAUGAAUUUAAUAAAGUGAAGUAUACUCAGAUGUUAGUGACGCUUCGGAAGGUAAAGCUAAAAACUGUUGAAGAAUGUUCUUUACUAACUUAUAGCGACAUUCAACAAUGCGUCUAUUCGGUGAAUGCAGAGUGCGACGAGGAUUUCGAAGUUAUAAAGAUUUUACAGCAGCUAAAUCGAGCUGUAGAGGUGAACGAUCAAGAGACUAUGAUGAAAGCCUUAGAAAUAAUAACCGACAAGUAUGAUAUACCCAAGUUUUCGCACAAUGCUUUACUUUACUUAAAGAUGUUUAAGAAAUGUUUAAAUGAGAAAGAAUCUGAUGGAUCUGACCUAUGGUUGGAUGAUAUUAAAACCAUAGCAAAAACAGUUACAUCUGAAAUGGAAAAAAUCGAAAACAUGAUCCAAUUUUUAUACAAUAUCAACGUCUAUGUGCAAGAUAAUAAUAUGCAAAAAGCUCUCGAGUGUUGCAAAAGCUAUGAUAUGAUUAAAAAUUUUAAAGGGCUUACCAAAGAAUGCCAAAAGAAAUAUUUUCUAGCAUUGCGACAAUUGCAGAAACGAAAGCGCGAAAUAUAUAGAUGCCCGUAUAUUUCGUAUACGACCAACGAAGGAAAUGAAGUCUAUAUCGAUUUAAAAGGCAAAAGAUAUGCAUGGGAAUGUCCAACAGAUAUUAAGAAAACUUAUCAUCUCACUAUAAGUGAUAUAAAUGAAACAAUUGAAUCUAUUAUAAUAGAGAAACGUCAGAAAAAUUAUAUAAAAUACGAUGAAAAAUUACUUACCAGAUUUCAAGCUUGCAUCAGAGGAUAUCUAUUACGUAAAAAAAUGUCUGAUAGAUGCAUUUAUAUCAAUGAUAAUCUAAGGAGUAUCAUCAUGAUACAAGCGUGGUGGAGAGGCGUUAGACAACGUAAACGAUAUCAUAAAUUGUUGAAGGAAAGAGAACGACAAUUAAAUGCAUUAUCACGUCACACUAAAUUGUUAAAUGCAAAAGAAAAUAAUAAAAAUGAUAAAGUAGAUCGAUAUAAGAAAGAGGAAGACAAAAUAAUAAAGAUACAAGCUUUAUGGCGUGGUCGAGCAUCGAGGAAAGCCUUUCAUUCGUUAUUAUAUUCAGAGAAACCAUCAUUCCCCGUGGUCAGGCACUUUUCAACGAUAUUAGGUUUCAGAGCAGAGGAUUACGACAAGGAUUUAGAAUUACAAAAAUUAAAACACGAGGUCGUUCAAUGUAUAAAGCACAAUCAGAAUUUGUCAGAGCAGUUGAAUAACAUGUACAUUAAAAUAGGAUUACUCAUACAGAACAGAAUAGCGUUACAGGACGUGGUAGCGCAUGGUAAGAGUCUGGAUGAUCUCGCGAAGGAACAAAAUGCGAGCAAAAAUCAGAGUCUCUCGUGGGAUUUGACACCGCAUAAGGGUCUCAAAUCAUUGACUAAAGAAGGUCGUAAGAUGCUGGAGGGCUAUCAACACUUGUUCUAUGCGUUGCAGACGAAUCCGCAAUAUUUAUCCAAAUUGUUGUACUUACCGCCUAGUAACAAAUCCAACAAAUUGUUCCUGAAAAACAUCAUCUGGACACUGUUCAAUUUCGGAUCGAAUACAAGGGAAGACUAUUUAUUGCUGAAACUCUUCGGUUAUGCAUUGAAGGAGGAGAUCAAGUGCAAUUGUCAUCAACCUUCCGAUGUGCUGACUGGCAAACCGUUGGUUCGCGAGAUGGUGGUCAAUUACGCGAAACGGUUCAAUGGUCAGGCAUCAUUGAAGCAAAUUGUCGGUCCACUGAUCGAGAAGGUCUUGGACGAAAAGGAUCUGUGCAUGGAGACGAAUCCGGUAGAUAUAUACAAGCUCUGGCGAAAUCAGCUGGAAAUGGAGUCUGGCAAGUCUCUGGAUAUGCCUCACACGGUGUCUCAGGAGCAGGCGCUGAAACAUAUCCCAGUUCAGGAAUCGCUCACGAGAGCGAUAAAUCAGUUGAAGAAGAUCUCUGUGGAGUUUCUCAACAGAAUAACGAGGUCCCGCGAUCUGAUCCCUUACGGGAUGUUGUAUGUGUCGAAGGUCCUCUAUAACUCGCUGACGGAGAAGUUUCCGCUUGCUCCCGAGAAAGAUAUCCUGAAGGCUGUUGGUAAUCUGAUUUAUUAUCACUUUAUCAACGCCGCGAUCGUGGCACCGGAUACCUUUGACAUCGUUACGUUGCCGGUCGACAGAUCCUUGUCCUCCUGCCAAAGGAAGAAUCUGGCUAGUAUAGCCAAAGUGUUGCAAUUCUCCACUUCGAAGAAGGGUUUCGGCGAAGAGGCGCCGCAUUUAGAAUGCUUGAAUCCCUUUAUAAUCGCUUGUCACGAGAAGUUCAAGGACUUCUUCCGAUACUGCUGUCAGGUGGAGGAUCUCGAGGAGCACUUUGAUAUUCAUGAAUAUACGGAGGCCACGCUUAUACAAAGUCCAGAGAUAUGCGUCUCUUUGCAGGAAAUAUGCGAGAUGCAUGCCUUGAUGUUGAGAUACGAAGACGUGAUAGCGCCGGAUCCAUUCGACCCUUUGCACGAUUUGCUGGACGAUCUGGGCCCGGUGCCGACCGUGGCAUCCUUACUAGGAAUAUCCAACGUGGUGUACGAGGCAAAUUUAGCGCGAUACAGCAAGCAGGAGGUAUGCCUGGUGUUGACGAAUAAGUUCCAAGUGCCGCGGAACGACGACACGAAUCUGAACAAUCUCUUCGUGAAGGCGAAAGAAUUACUCGUCUCGGUGAUUUCGUUUUUGAAAAACUCGACCUUGGUAGAAUCCCUGGAGAUCACUUCUUCUCCGAUGUGUGCAAGAUUGUUCGAUUCGUCCAUGUCGGCGACACUUCGCGAAACUUCAUCUAUAAAUGAUUGCAAGAUGCAAUUGCGCGCGUAUCUAAACAAACUCGAAUUGGAAGGAUGGGUGACCCGCGCGGAUGGUUACCAAACCAUCGUAACCGCGAUAGCGAGAGAUAUUUGCAACAAGAACAAGUAUCGCGUCGCGAGGGACAAGGAGCUGCAGACGCUGCGCGCGACCAAGAUGCGAUUGGAGGAGAAGACGAGGUACUAUCAGGAGCAAGUCGAAUUCUACAACGAGUACAUAAGAGGCUGCCUGCAGAAUCUGCAUCGAGGGAAGAGUUCGCUUCGCGCGCAUCAAGCGUUGCAAAAGGACACUCACACCUUGUCCAAACUGCGAACCAAAAUGACGAUCAAGUAUUCCGCCUGGAAGCUGCAGGAGAAGGGCGUGUUGUUGGAGGUCGAUCAGUCCCUGAGUCCUACGGAGAUGAAGAACGUGAUAUUCGAGAUAAGUCCGACGGAGCGAAACGGCGUUUUCUCUGUACGCUGCAAGUUUAUGGGUGUCGAGCUGGAAAAACUUGACAUUAGUAUACAAGAAUUGCUCGAGCUGCAGUACGAAGGUCGCUCCUGCAUGGAUAUGUUUGGCAGAGCGAAGGUCAACGUAAAUCUGCUCUUGUAUUUACUAAAUCGAAAAUUUUACAGUAAAAAGAGUUGAAUUAUUACUUCAGUCGUCGACGCGUCUCCUUCUGUAACGUAGAAUUCACAAGAAUACACCUAUUAUACGUGCAAUUAAGUGUCAGGACGUGUUCAGAGCAAGAAGGAGGAGAGGAGGCAGAAUUUUAUCAUGACAAAAAUUGAAAGGAUUCUUUUAUAAUUUAUUGAGAUUAUUUUCGUCGAUAUAUUUUAAUACAUAAAACGUAACAUGUGAGUCACGAAGUUUAUAAAAAGUUUUACUUUUUCAUCAAAAUAAGACAAUUCAAAUGUUUUCUCUUCGAUUUUUUGCAAGCACAACUAUAAAUUAUCAUUUAUGAUAGAGAUAAUAAAAUAAUAGAUAAUGAGAGAAAUCAAAUAUUUUAUGAUAUUAUAAUUUUAUAUCUUCUGGAUUAUAUCUGAAAGAUAUAUAUGACAUAUUACAUUAGCUUAUCACAUAGUUUGUAUUUAUUUUUUUAUUUUAGUUUUUCUGAUAAUUGAAUAGUCUGUGAGCAACUAAUAUGAUACUCUUAUAGAAUAGUUUCACAAAUAAUAUAAUUUCUAUAUGUGUGUCGGUCUUUUUUAUACAGCAAUCUAUCUAGUCUAUGAUACAGUAUGCGUUUUGUAAAUAAUUGCCUUGUGUAUAUGUGAAUGUUCAAAGUAUCAAUAUCGAAUAUUUACAAAUACAAUUAUUUAUGUAUUCGAAAUAUACAGUGCGAUGGAAGCUUGACAAUGGUCACUUGACAUUGUGUAUAUAGUUUGGAGAAAUUUAUUAAAUUCCUGAUUAUGAAUCUGUA